UUUAGUUUGCGUUCAGUGGCCAACGAGUCAAAUUCAUUAUUCGUGAAGAUUGUUUAAAAAUAAAAAAAAUAUUAAAAAAAAAAAUAAAGUAACGAAAAAAUUUAAAUAAUUUUAUUAAAAAAAUUUGCGGUAAAAUAAAUAUUUAAUAAAAGUGAAAAUAUUUUAUAAAAAUUAAAAAUAAUAUAAUUUAAAAAAAUUAUUGCUGAAUCAAAAACAAAAUCUUUAAAACCAUGCCUUCAUUCGGUUAUAUUUGUGCUUUAUUAUUUUUGACCGUGUUGUGCCUUAAUACAGCCGAAGCUGUUUUAAAAUGUUGGCGCUGUUCAACAGAUGUUUCGAAUGGUGAAUUUUGUAAUGAUCCCUUUGAUCCGUAUUCGAUAACAGAUCAGCAACGUUACUGGAGUUAUGUAAACUGCACUUACUCGGUGGGUGUCAAGUCGGUUAAUGCCCGCCCAGUUUGCAAAAAAUUGGUGCAAGAAGUUUAUGGCAAACGUGUUAUAGCCCGCUCCUGUUUCUAUGAGGAUGUCGAUGAUCCCGCUGAUAAAUGUGCCCGUGAUACCACUUCUUCUUACAUCAAGACGGUGUUUUGUCAAACCUGUAGUUCUGAUGGCUGCAAUGGUGUCUCCGGUCUAGUACCCUAUGUAACAUUACUUCUGUCAUCUACAUUUAUAAUAAAAUUAUUUAAAUAAAACUCAGUUUACAGCUUGUGCUGGAAUACGAA